GUGCUAAUCACACAUGAAAACCUUUCCAGUGUGUAUCAUCAACUCUAUUAUAGUGAGUUCAUCCUGUAACUGCUCUCUGUGGAUUAAAUUGAACUCUCUUUGUUCAGUAAUUAAAUCUUCAAAGGAAGCUUCAUGCUUUUUGCAUCUCCCUUGAUUUAAUUCCUGUUGUUGUUUUCCUCGAAACUGGAUUUGAAUAAUCAGGAGGUUUGAACUCUUGCUGUAAUUGUGAUAAUUAGUGAAAAAAGUGUUACAUUACAUUUUAUUGCAGUUGUGGGGGAAAAAAGGUGUUUUGCUUUUAAAGGAUUUAUUGUUAUUCACCCAUCUGACUGGGAAAUACUGUGUUUGAAAUUACAGAACUGGAUUUAGAAUUGGAAAAACAGAUAAAAAAGAUACAUACAUUAAGUUGUCUGAGAAGACAGAGUAAAUUUUGAAAGAUGGACAGAAGGUAGAAGAGAAGAACAAAGAAAAUGAUUUGAAAAGUAAGAUGUGCAUGGAUUAUAUGCUGUAGCAACGAGAAAACUUCAAAUGGAGAAAUUUUCACCAAUCAUAUGGCUGCUGGCAGCCGUCGUCAUGGUUACAACAGCACUGGAGCUUGGAGCAAACUUUACUGCUGAAUCUUCCGAUACUACUUUUGAAUUUUUCGACUACUUCGAUCAGUUAACGCGAAAUCAUACAAUGUCUGCUGAUUCUGAAUUUGAAUUUUUCGAGUACCACGAUUCCCAAUCCCCUGCCCCCAGAAUCACCUAUGCUCCAAAAAAUAUGAAAGUGGCUGAGGACCUGAUAGUCAGCUUCUUCUGUAAAGCUUCGGGAUAUCCACCGCCAGACUUCUAUUGGGAAAAAGAGGGUAAAUCUUUAAACCACCUGAACAAGAAACGUUACGAUAUAUUUAUGAUGUCACAUGGGACAGUACUUCGAAUACAACCUGCAAAAGCGAAGAAGGACAACACGUAUUUUACAUGCGUUGCCAAAAAUGAGCAUGGAGAAGCUAGGGCAAAUGCGACUCUGAAAAUAUAUGAAGUUGAAGAAGGCCAUAAUCCUGAUUGGAAGUUAGUUUACAAAGAUGAUCUCCAGGGCUACCCCAGGAUUACUGAAAAUCCGAGUCUGAAGAACGUGGAAAAAGAACAGACAGCUACAUUAGUGUGCUCCGCACGAGCAGAAAACAUGGACCCACCCACUAUCUACUGGUUGAAGGACAAUCUACCCCUUGAAACUGGAGACCCUAGAAUAAAAGUGGAUCAUGAUGGUACUCUGGUAAUUGAGAGGACCCAGGAAAGGGACCAUGGGAAGUACGAGUGCGUAGCUGAGAACGAAGUGGGCGUGGCUUACUCCUCGGCAGCUAUGCUUUAUGUUAAAGUACGCAGGGUCCCACCUAACUUUCCUACUCCUCCACCAGAUGUUAUAGAAGUUGAACCAAAUGCCAGUUUAACAAUAGAUUGUAUGGCCGUUGGCUCUCCAAUGCCAGUUGUGAAGUGGCAAAAAGGAUAUUGGGAAAUAAACCCGAAGGAUGAUCCUCCACUCGGGAGGAAUGUCCUAAACCUAACAGGGGUGCGAGAAUCUACUAACUAUACAUGUGUAGCGCAGUCUGAGCUAGGAAAUAUAGAAACAGUGGUUCAGGUCAGAGUAAAAGCGUUACCCAACCCUCCUGUGAAACUGACCGCCUCGGAAAUUACCCCCUCAUCUUUAAAGCUGUCAUGGAAGCCCGGAAAUCAGGAUGAUAUUUCAUAUAUUGUACAGUAUAAGGCAAAACAACACCCAGGGGAUUUUCAUGAAAUCAAAUCUGUUAAGAAAACAGAGUAUACUAUUGAAAAGAUGGAAGCAUAUCAGCACUAUGAAUUGCGUGCAAUUGCUGUGACAAAAAGUGGGAGGAGUUCCCCCAGUGCAUCUCUAGAAGUGGUAACUGGGGAGUUAGCCCCAGGUUCUGCCCCCAGGAAUGUCAGAGCUCGUCCACACAGCAUGCAAACAAUCCGCAUAGACUGGGAUGAGCCAGAGAUACCAAAUGGAAUCAUUCAGGGAUACAAAGUAUUCUACACUACCAACCCCGACCUGCCAAUUGUGCUGUGGAUGAACCAGGAGGUAGCGGGGGAGAACAAGAUGACCACAAUCAGUGGUUUGAUCCCCAACAGCACCUAUACAAUUUGUGUGCUGGCCUACUCCAGCAUGGGGCAAGGUCCAUUGUCUGUACCAGUUCAAGUGAUGACGAGACAGGGAGUACCACUUCAACCAAGGAACUUGCGCGCCAGGCCGAUAUCGCCCAACGAGAUGGAGAUAACAUGGGAUGCGCCAGAAGACAUUGAUCAAAUUGUAGAUUACACACUGUACUAUAAUGACUCGCAGAAACAUACCAACGGUCAGGUCAGAAUACUCCCUCCCACAACAAAGUACAUAUUGACAGAGCUUGUACCUGAUACUAUAUAUCAUAUACAACUUGCCGCUCGUAGUUCACGAGGUCUUGGAGUUCGUACGAUACUCGUGCAGGCAAAAACACCGGAAUUUACCCCUGCAGCACCACCGCAAGCAGUUAGCGGGCGCCCGCUCGAUCCUCAAUCCAUUUUGGUGGAGUGGAGGCCACCACCUGCUGAGCAGCAAAAUGGCAUAAUACUAGGAUAUAGAGUGUAUUUUCUGAGAACGGAGGACGGUUUGUCUGAUAGUGAAGCAGACAGUGUUGAAGUUACCGGGAAUAGAGCGACCUUGAGCAAGCUGGAUAUCUGGACAGAAUAUAAGAUCUGGGUUCUAGCUUUCACCGCAGCUGGUGACAGCCCACAGUCCCCACCUAUAUUUGUGAAAACCCACGAGUCGGUUCCAAAUGAGCCUAAACGUGUACAAGUGCAAGCUGUCAACUCUACGACCAUAUAUGUGGAAUGGCGACCUCCACGGGCAAAGGACCGCAAUGGAAUGAUCCGAGGGUAUUAUGUUUAUUAUGCACAGGUAGAUCAAAAUAACAAUGUUAUUAAGGGCACAGAGAAAAUUGAAGAUGUGAAUGAUGGAAAUAAAAACGAAGCUGUAAUAACUGGCCUGCUGCCCGAUACACGAUACCAGGUGACGGUAGCUGGAUAUACACGACGUGGUGAUGGUGUCAGAAGUCGCCCAAAAAUUAUAAACACAAUGGGAGCAGUACCCUCGGCACCACGAAAACUCACAACGGAACUUGUGCAGCAAGAGCCCCCAACAGCCCAGGUAUCCUGGUGGAAGCCCGAGUCGCCCAAUGGACAGAUUAAGGGCUACAAGUUGUACUGGGGACCAAAGGGACAGGUGUAUGAACAAGUCCAUUUCAAAGACAACCAACACACUUGGAUCACCCCACCACUGGAUCGUGGUGUUCUGUAUGAAUUCCGUGUACUUGCAAGAAAUGAAAUAGACUAUGGAGAGAGGGCGGUUGCUGAGCUUGUCACUCCAGAUGGAGUUCCCCAGGGCGCCCCUCAGAAUUUCUCGGCAGUAGGCCUCACCGAAACUUCCGUACGCCUUGCUUGGGACCUGCCCGCUAACAAGUUGAGAAAUGGAGAAAUUGUUUCCUACCAGCUGAUUUAUUAUCAGCUUGCAGAUUCGAUUAAUGUUGAAGAAACGAAUAUAACUGGAACACAGUAUGAUGUUACUAAGUUAGAUAUGAAUACCGAUUAUGUGUUCCAAAUCAAGGCGUACACGGUAAAAGGUGCAGGUCCAUGGAGUCCCCGGCUUCAGUACCGAACAUUCGGAAAGCAACCACCAGCACCUGAAGAUGUUAGACUGUUCCGUACAUCACCUACAACUAUCAUAGUUCGCUGGGAGGAACCAAAACGUAACAACAUCAUUGCAGCCUACCGAAUAUAUUAUUACAAGCAUGAACUAGAAGAUAUGAGUGUUUGGGAUAAGAUAGAAACCGAGGGACCAACUACUACUGCCUUGCUCACGGAUCUUGACGAGCAUAAUUCAUACGCUGUCCGUCUGCAGUCAAAGUCAAUAAAUGAUCGCUGGAGUAACAUGACUAAAGUCCUCACAACCAACUUCCUUCCAGUUGAUCGAGAUGACAUUGUGCAGAAUUAUCGUCCAAUGAGUGUCAGAUCAAGACAGAUCACAUUAUCAUGGGAGAAGCCGAAAAAGGGAGAUGUUGCUCAAUAUGUGAUUGAUUACCAGGGGCAUAAGACGUACCAUAACACAAAUGGCAAAGAAACAAGUGAUUCCCCCAAAUCAAGAAUAGAGAUACCCGGCACACAAGACAAUAUUGUGAUCAAGAAUUUACAGCCGAGAAUGGUGUAUAGUUUCAAUAUAACUGCCUAUUUCCAAGACGGUAGCAGUGGUAAAACACAGUUCCUUGAACACCAAACUAAGAUAGAAGCACCAGCUUUUGUAGAUACACCGAGGAUUGUGAGUGUGGGUGGAGGAAGAAUGACUGUCGGUCUAAAACCGGCCUCUGAAAUCAACGGGCACCUGGCAUACUAUGAUCUGGUGGUCAUUCAGGAAGAAUUUGCUACAAAACGACCACAAGAUUUUACAUUGGUUGAGCUGACAAGUGAUACUAUGCCAGUGGAUCUACCAGCCAGUAAGCCAUACAUAACAGCGAGGUUUGAUCCCCGAAGACUGCCUGGACAGUUUGAACUUGGAAACAAGAGGACCGAGGGUGGCUUCCACAACAGAUUGUUAGACUCGGACAGAAGAUACAGGGUGUUCCUAAGAGCUUACACAGUCACCUUGCUUUUUAAAUCAAGUGACUACUCUGACAGCUUCACUGUUACUAGCGUACCAGACCCAAUAUCAACAGGUGGUCCUAUAUACAGACCAGGUGGUCCCAGUGAACCCAGAGGGGAGGGCUCUGGUGGUGACCCGGAAGUGAAAAAUCCUGGAGACAAACAUCUUGUUACAAUCAUCAUUGUCUGUGCGUGCGCGGGUGUGGUGCUUAUUGUAAUUGGUUGUGCUGUAUUUGCGCUUGUUAUGAGGAGGAAAACUACCAGGAAGGAGAAGGCCCCAGAACCAACAAGCAAAAUGAUCGUCGAUAACAUUCCACCCCAUCCAACAGAUCCCGUAGAACUUCGUAGACAGCACUACCAAACACCAGCGAUGAUUAGUCAUCCACCGAUACCAAUACACAUGCUGGCGGAACACAUAGAAUCUCUAAAGGCGGCAGAUAAUUUGAAAUUCUCGCAAGAAUACGAGUCUAUAGAGCCUGGUCAGCAGUUCACAUGGGACAACUCCAACCUGGAAUAUAACAAACCUAAAAAUAGAUACGCGAAUGUGAUAGCUUAUGAUCAUUCAAGAGUGAUCUUACAGCCAAUAGACAGUAUUUCCGGAAGUGACUACAUUAACGCCAAUUAUAUGGACGGUUACAGGAAACAGAACGCUUACAUUGCAACACAGGGACCAUUACCGGAGACGUUCGGUGAUUUCUGGCGUAUGGUUUGGGAACAACGUUGUGCCACAAUCGUUAUGAUGACAAAACUAGAGGAAAGAUCUCGAAUAAAAUGUGACCAGUACUGGCCGGGACGGGGAGCAGAGACUUAUGGACUGAUGCACGUCCUGCUUGUAGAUGUAGCAGAAUUAGCUACUUACACCAUAAGGACCUUCCAUAUUCAAAGAUAUGGUGUCCCUGAAAAACGUGAAGUUCGGCAAUUCCAGUUCACAGCAUGGCCGGAUCAUGGUGUACCGGAUCAUCCUACACCAUUACUGAUGUUUAUGAGACGUGUAAAAGCCACUAAUCCACCAGAUGCUGGGCCCGUCAUCUGUCAUUGCAGUGCGGGUGUAGGAAGGACUGGUGCUUUCAUAGUAAUAGACGCAAUGCUUGAGAGGAUCAAGCAUGAGAAGACGGUUGACAUUUACGGUCAUGUGACGUGUUUACGUGCCCAGAGAAAUUACAUGGUACAGACAGAAGAUCAGUAUAUAUUUAUCCAUGAUGCGCUGUUGGAAGCAGUGACGUGUGGAAAUACCGAAGUUCCGGCACGAAGUUUGUCACCACACAUACAAAAGCUGAUGCAACCGGAACCUGGAGAAACUGUUACUGGAAUGGAACUAGAAUUUAAGAGACUUGCUAACAUGAAGGCCAGUCCUAACCGGUUUGUGAGUGCCAACUUACCAGUGAACAAAUUCAAAAAUAGACUAGUCAACAUUUUACCAUAUGAAUCUACACGAGUUUCAUUACAACCAAUACGAGGCGUGGAUGGUUCGGAUUACAUCAAUGCUAGCUUCAUCAAUGGAUACCGUUACCGUAGAGCGUACGUCGCGACACAAGGACCACUGGCAGACACGACAGAAGAUUUCUGGAGAAUGUUAUGGGAACAUAACUCAACAAUUAUUGUCAUGUUAACCAAACUGAGAGAAAUGGGAAGAGAAAAGUGUCACCAAUAUUGGCCGAGUGAGAGGUCAGCACGUUACCAGUAUUUUGUUGUGGACCCAAUGGCAGAAUAUAACAUGCCUCAGUAUAUACUGCGGGAGUUCAAGGUCACUGAUGCCAGAGAUGGUCAGUCACGGACAAUACGCCAGUUCCAGUUUACUGACUGGCCUGAACAGGGUGUGCCAAAAUCUGGCGAAGGUUUUAUUGACUUCAUUGGUCAAGUACAUAAAACGAAGGAACAAUUCGGCCAGGAGGGACCCAUUACUGUACACUGCAGUGCUGGUGUGGGCCGUACUGGGGUGUUUAUAACAUUGAGUAUUGUACUGGAACGUAUGAGAUAUGAAGGUGUUGUUGACAUGUUCCAAACAGUGAAAAUGCUCAGAACGCAGAGACCUGCUAUGGUGCAGACAGAGGACCAAUACCAGUUUUGCUAUAGAGCGGCCCUCGAAUAUUUGGGCUCAUUCGACCACUAUGCAAACUGACUGGCGGCCAUGCAGGAGCGCCAUGCGGCCCUCAAAUCUGACUUUGAUGUUAGAAACAGCACAAGUACAACAUCACUAGUUCGUAGGAGUAAUAUCAAAUCACAGACAAGAAACAGUGAAGUGGCAUUAUAAAUUGAUGUGUAUAUUAAAGUGCUGACGUGUGAGCAUAUGUGUAAUCUACUAUGUUCAGUUUAUGUAUUUUUUCUUCUUAUACAUUAAGUGUAAAUAUGCCAAUUAUGGACAACUGUAUCUUGAUAUAUAUGAUACAAACCAUUCAAGAUUUGAGGCUGCCAUUUUGAAGAAGCAUUAUGGGAAGUCCCAGUGAAUUCUGGGUAAUUUUCCUGUUGCUUGAUUUAAUUACCAAAGUCAAUGGGCAUGGUGCUCUGCAAGAAAACACACAAUUAACCUAAAGUAAGAAACUUGACUAUGUGUGUAUAUAUGUGUAAAACACAAUAUAUACUCAAAAUAUGUAGACACAUUUGAAUUUCUGUGUUCAUCACAAUCUGCCAAUAUAAGAGACUUACACAGUAAGCUUAUUUGUGCUAAACAGACAUAUGACAAUUUGUACAUGGAACUUUGAUAUUUAUAUUGAUAGAUAUUCCACAGGAAACUGUUCACAGAGGAAGUUGAACAAAAAUGGUGCGCGAUAUCUAGUAUUUCCAAGUUUUACACGUGUACUAAAUAUACAUGUGAAUAAGAUGCUGUGAAAUAGUUGACCUUCUUAUGAAUUUAGGUCGCAUGUUUUAGGAGUAGAUAUUUACCCACUAGAUGUUGUGUUACAACUUUCCUAAAGUUCAACAGAAUAAAGACUGUUUCAUAAUUUUGAACAGAGCUUUUUGAUGAUGCCAAGAGUACCAAAGGGAGAGAACUCUUCAAGAGAUCAUUAAAGCAGUGGAUUUCUGCAAUAUAAGCUUUACACACUUUCACCAGAAGAAAAAGGCAACAACCACCGAUGUUUAUAAUUGAAUCAGUUUAUAUAUAUAUUUAAAGUUUUCGUCAUUUUUAGCAGAAUGAAUGAUGGAUUUAUACUCUGUAUGAAUUCUUGUGAAGUGGAUGUAUUUCUAGUAUAUAGAAAUCUUAGUAUUUUGUAUCCAUUUCUUUAAUGUGCAAUAUUCAUUCGGAUAGUAUCAUGACCAAUAUUUGUAGUUUAUUACUUUUGAAGAUCUGGUUUUUUUUUUUCUCUUGGACAAACAGCUGUACAUUGUGAAUAGAAUGUGCCACUAUAUUUUACAUGAAAUGAAUGUCAAACUGUCAUUAAUCUGUGUGCCAGUCUACUAUUAAUUUUUUUUUUAAUUUAAAACGGCCUUGGUGGCAGACAGCAAAAAUACUAGUCUUUUGAAGGGAAAAAAGUAGACAAAAUAUUUUAGUAACUGACUGGUUUUAAAUGAAAAUUAUGGAUGCCAGUCAUCUUAAACAUUGUUAAAUCUGAGUACUAGUUGGAAGUUUGGGUACUGGUCUGUUUCAAUAAAAAAGUAAUUUUAUAUCCCAUUUUUUUCAUGAACAAUAAGUAAUCUUGCAUUAUAUAAACUCCCUAGUAAAUUUCAUUGAAUGAUGUAGACUGGGCAAUGUUGACAUUAUGUAGAUAGUAGAUAUUUACCAUAUACAAUUUUACACAUUUCUUAAUAAUACCCACCGAGUCUAAAAUGGCCAGUACUUAGUAUUAAGUAUGCAUGGACAUUUUAAAAUAACCACAUUCUUAUUUUUUGUUUUAUUAUAAUAUUAACAGCGAUAUAGAGAAAAGGCAUAUUUGAAAUUUAUUUAUCUUUGAUGUAAUAUACAACUGAUGGAUACAGUAUAUUUCUUUUUUCUGAAGUCAUCACUUUUUGUAAAAAUACAGUACAGUUGUGAGCUAUUUCCUGUUUUCAGAAUUUGGUUUUUAAAAAAAAAAAAAUACAAAUAUUUCCGUGUAUGAGCGUUUUUCAAUAAUAAUAUUGGUCAUGCAUGUGUGUAUAUUGGUAUAAAAAAAGUGAAGCUUUGAUGUCAAAAUAGUCAAACUUUCAAAUUUGUUUGUGAAUUACCAACCACAAUAUUGUAAACAGAUCAAAAUCACUCCUUUGUUAUAACCCUGUUCAUCCUGGAAUUCAUUCCUACAAGGUCUACAUGUAUCUACCAGAUGAUUAUUGCUAGGUUAAGAUUGAAACAAACAGUGAAAUCGUGUCUUACCAUAAGGCUAACAGAAUUAAAUAGUAAAGUAAUGUCUGACUUUUAGGCUAACAGAAUCAAACAGUAGUGUGUGACCUUCAGGCUAACAGAACCAAAUGGUAAAGUAGCAACUGACUGUUAGGCUAACAGAACCAAACAGUAAUGUCUGACCACUAGGCUAACAGAACCAAAUGGUAAAUUAGCACCUUACAGUUAGGCUCACAUAACCAAACAGUAAUGUCUGACAAUUAGGCUAACAGAACCAAACAGUAAUGCCUGACAGUUGUGCUAACAGAACCAAACAGUGAAGUAACAUCUGACAAUUAGGCUAACAGAACCAAACAGUAAUGCCUGACAGUUGUGCUAACAGAACCAAACAAUUAAGUAAAAUCUGACCUUUAGGCUAACAGAACCAAACAGCAAUGUAAUGUUUGGCUAACUGACAGUUAGGCUAACAGAACUAAAUAGUAAAGUAACAUUUGACCAUUAGGUUAACAGAACCAAACAUUAAAAUAAUGACUGAAAAGUGCAUUGGAAUCAUAACACAUUGAAUACAUUGGUUUUUGUCUGGACCAACAAUCACGCAUUGAUAUGUUUUUAUAUUGCCAUUAAUUGUAGGUAAACAUGCAUUCCAGUGAAAGUAGUGAAUUUAGGAAGUUGUUGGUAUUCAAAUUCAUAGAAAUAACUUAUUUAUGCCUACAAAACUUAGUUGUUUUAAAAUUUGUGUUUAUUUAUUUCACUGAAACUGAAAUGACUGUUUAGAAAUAAAUUGAUUUGGUGUAAACCAGCUCAAAGAAAAGCUUAAAAAUGAACUGUGUAAGUUUAUAAUUAUUGGUGGGGACGGGGCAACUUUGUCUAUUUUGAUGUUGAAUAGCACAACUGAUGUACAUUUUUUAUUCGAUAUGUAUUUUGUGGUGUAAAUGGGUUCAUUUUCUUCACAUAGGUAAUUCUACAAUUACCAGGAAAAAAUUAAACAAGAUUGUCACAUUUUCUCUUGCAUAAUGUAAUUAAUUAAUGCUGUUGUGUGUUUGAUUGCUAUGUACAGUGUUUGUUGCCGAAUUCUCAGCAUUAGGAAUAUGUUCGUGUUAUAUACGUUUCUUAUCUAAUCCUUACAAGAUUGGGAAUUGUGCAGAUUUCACCUUUAUUUUGCAAUAUUACACAGCGCUAAAUAUGUUUCGCAGUAACUUUGUUUUUACAUAAAUCAUUUUUAUACAUUAUAUUGAUAAAAGUUUAUUAUAUUUUGCGUUCAUUAAUUUUUUGUUCAGUAGAAUAUUGUUUGAAAAAUUAUAGAUUUUGACUAUAAUUAGUAAACAUAAUGACUUCAUAGAAAUGGUACAUGAGAACGACAUUGUUACCUGUAUUUGAUAGAUGAACAAACCUGAUUUACGAUAGUAUUGUAUCGUGCUUGUAUAGUCUAUUUAUGUUUCUGUUUCUCCUCUUAAGAAAGAGUAUUUAUUUUUUACUAAUAAGUAUAUGUUGUUAGUUUACGAUGUUAGAAUUGGUAUGAAAGGAGCAAAACUUCAUUCAGUGGACACUGUGUAUUCACAUUUUGGAGCUAGCAGUACAACAUUUAUGAGUAUUUUUCAUAUUUCAGAGGUCAUGUGAAUUAGGCCAUGAAUACCAUUUCAGACCGGUUCAAAAACGAGGUUUUGAUGACUGAAAAAUUUUCAUAUUUUUUCAUAAAAAAGUUCAAGUUUGUGUACAUACUUGCAGGUCUCAAAUUUUAAACUGAGAAUUGGUCUUGGUAAACGUUGCAUAACAUAUUUUACAACUAAACUUGUUUGGCCAUUUUCCUCCAGAAAUCCUUAUGUUGUUCAAAACCAAUUAGCUGAAGUUUAAUACUCUAAAAUGUUUUGCAAAUGGUAAAUGAAAUAAAAAGAAAAAUGUUUCUAAAUUUGAAAGUGAUCUAAAACCGUAUUUAUUUAUUGAUUUGACUUACAUCACCAUAUAAAGACAGUUUCAGUGCUGUACUUAUUGGUCAUCAGUGGUGUAGCUAGGGCAUGGCUGAAUGUACAAACAAGAUAGCCUUGUGUUGUCUUACACUUUAACUAGUUUGAUAAUAAAUAUCAAUGUCUACGAAACAAACAAAAAGGUCCUAAUACUUGCAAAUCCGAAGGGUUGUAUGGAAAGUUGUCAUAACUGGUAUUAAAUAAAGAAGUUUUCCAUUCAGCCAUUAAAUCAUGACUUAGGUCCAUGUUUUACAUGAUGUAGACGGUGCCUACAGCACGUAGCCCCAGCUAUGCCACUCUUCAAAUUUUAUGGGUCAAAGUAAGAUCUUAUUUUGUCUAGAAACAAGUGGUUAUUAUUCAAGGGAAUUUCAUUUUUUUUCCCUUACAAAAUAGAAACAAGUGGUUAUUAUUUCGUGCAGUCUGAUAUAAUUAAUUUGCCAUCUGAAUAUAUGCAUGAGAAUCAGGAUUGGAACUUGGCAGGUCUUUGGUUUCAAACUAAUUACUGUUUUCGUAGGGAAAUAUGUAAUUACAUUGUCUGAACGUGAGAACAGUCUCUAAGUUCCUUGUCCACAGAAAAUGAUUUCAAUGAUCAUAUUAGGUAAAAGGAACAUGUCUAAAACCUUGGUAAAAUUUUGUUCUGAAAAACAUCGACCAUAACGGCUUCUAUCAGGCCGAUAAUGUUUUCAUAGUUUAGUGCAAAAGCAUACCAUCUGAUUCAUAAUUGACUUCAAUUUUCAGAAUGGUUUUAGCUCUUUUCAAAUUAUGUAACAGACUGGCGUCAUGUUUAUUCGAGUUGUGAACUGUAGGGUUGAAUUAUUGGCCUAUAGAUGGCUUUAUAAAGUUUUGCCAUCCCAAAAAAGUAUGUGUAAAGUACAGUGUAUGUAGACAUUAACACAGUUCAUAAGAAAGAAACAAAUUUUGUUGAACAUGCGAAAAUGAGUUUAUUUGUAAACCCUGUGAAUGAGAACUGAGCCAAGCUGAAAGAUAUUUUAUUGUUAAAUCAAGUUCUCUAAAUAUUAGAGAAAUAUUUCUAAAGGAAAAAUAAUUUCUGAAAUUUGUUCUUAAAAUUUUGUAUACAAUAUCGUAUUCAUUCAGAUGUAUGGAAGUUAUACUUAUAGUUAAUCAAAAUUGACAAUCUAACGUUUGUCCAACAGAUAGUAUAAGGUGUCUUUUUUCUUGGUUCAGCUAAACAAGAAAUGCUUAUUGUCUCUGUAGUCCCAUGCUGUAUGUUGUAUUAUAUAACUGUUGUCCUAUUUUGAACGGACAACUUCACUGAAACCAAUUUACAAUAAUAGCCUUUACUCUUUUUGAUGUAUAAAGUUUGUUUACAGGCCAAGUUGAACAUUACUCUGUAUUUCUAAAAGCUUAUUAAAUGUCUGUUGAUAUACAGAGCUGUCCAAAAAACUUCUUGUAAAGCUGCUAUGAUGUAAUAUUUCAGAGUUUUAAAACUUCAUGGUAUUUUAAAGUUUUUUUGUGAAAUUAAUAUGCAGAUUUUUGUUUACAGUUAUUUUAAUGAAGAUGUUAUUAAAUAAGUAAAUUAUUCCAUUUUCCUAACUUAAACCUGAAACGGAUAUUUCAGACUUUAAAAUGGUGUAUAAGAGAGAAAAAAAACAGUUUUGAAAUAUAUUUCCAUUUGCAGUAAAUAAGUGUUAUUUAUUUGUCUCUGCUGUUGUGAUAUAAACACGAGUAUCCAACAUUUCCAGUUUCCUCCCUUUGCUUGGCAAGGUCUGUUAUUUCAACAGUGUCUGAUACAACUAAAAUAUCAAGAACUUUUAUGGAAACAAAAUAUGCUACAGGAAUUGCAUUUACUGCAAGUUGUAACUAUUUUUAAUAUUUCUUUUGGAGUAUUGAGAUAAUUUCAUUCUGGUAAGAUAUUAUAACCUAUUAAACUUAACCUGUAGUCUUUUUAAUAGGGAUAUGAAUAUUGAAGUAUUGUAACAAAGCAAUGCAAUAUGUGUAGAGAUUUGACAGUGUGUUCUGGAGUGUGUGGGUAAAUGGUUAUCUCUAUAUAUGUACGUCCUAGUCAUCUAAUGAUGAAAUAAAAUCUCAUUUGACAGGAA